CUUUUUUGACAGUUUCGAAUUUUUCAAGGUGCAAUACUACGAUACCACUGGGGUCACUCAAACCCUCAGAACGGAGUCUCUACUUUAGUCAAUCCUCUUUGACUGAGCCUUUUUUCACUUUAAUUUUUCACUUUAGUCAAUCCUCUUUGGAGUCACUAGUAAUUGACCCCCUCGAUAUCAUCGAGCCCAUCCUCACCAACAUGUUUGGAUAACCAGUCAUGUGGCUCCCCAAGUGUCAAUUUUUCUAACUAGAUCCCCUCCUUCCAACGGACUAAGGACUUUAAUAAAGCGAGAGAACUCGCAAGCUCUCCAGUCUCUCCCUGGGACGCGAUCGCGCGAGUAUGACGUCCAAGAAAAAUUCUCCAACCACAUGACUCAAUCUCCGAGCCAAAAUCCCCCGAAAAAUAAAAAUAUCCCGACACUCUUUGACCACUAAAAACUAAAAAAAAAAUUCAAUUCCACGCAAUCACCACUUGGCACUGACAUUUCACCGAUGGAUCUGUGAAUUCUUCGGGACCAGAACGAUGAAGUGCUAACCGAUAAUGACAAUUUUUCCAUUUCGGUGUUGAAUAAAAUUUGAAUUAAAAAAAAAAUAAUCCCGAGUCUUAUGAUUUUGGAGUGUCCAGCGCGAUUGUUUGUCGCGCAAAAAGUGUGACAGCUCGUCUGGUGACUGAAAAAAUUCAUCCUGGAUAACAACGAUUAGAGUGCCUGAGGAAAUAUGUCAGUCCUAUUGGAAGCCAGGCCAUACAGGCCAUUCAAAUCCUCGGAGGAGUACCUGAUUGCAAUGAAGGAGGAUCUAGCUGAGUGGUUAAAUGCCCUCUAUCCCGAGCUGAGGAUAAGCCUCGACAAUUUUAUGGACAGACUUGACACUGGCGUCGCCCUUUGCAAACACGCCAACAACGUUCGUCGUGCAGCAUCGGAUUACGUAGCACGCCGCCAGGCGCGGAAAAUAAUGACUCGCUCGAUAACAUCAUCAUUGGCCGUACCGAUGAGCCAUUUGAGCGAUGUGGCCUUCCUGCCAAACGCCAAGGCCGGUACAUUCUUCGCUCGUGACAACGUGUCAAACUUUAUAAGCUGGUGUCGCAACAGUCUCGGUAUCAUCGACUGUCUACUAUUCGAGAGCGACGACCUCAUAAUGCGUAAAAAUGAGAGACACGUUAUACUGUGCCUCCUCGAGGUCGCAAGACGCGGCGCCAAGUUCGGAAUGCUCGCCCCCAUGCUUGUACAGAUGGAGAGACAGAUUGACAGGGAAAUUGCUGCUGAGAAUAAAGCGUCAAAUGGGGAUGGCAAUGACGAGAGCGACGAUGAGUAUGGGGAGAUGCAACAGGACGAGCCGUGUCUUAUCUAUGGGCCACAGCCCCAAAUUGUCACCAAUGACCUCAAGAGCCUCGACGAAAUGGUUCGAGAACUGGUGGAGAGGUGUACGUGCCCAACGCAAUUCCCAAUGAUUCGCGUAUCAGAGGGAAAAUACAGAAUUGGUGAUACCAAAGUGCUGAUAUUCGUUAGAAUCCUCAGAAGUCACGUUAUGGUUCGAGUGGGGGGUGGUUGGGACACCCUGAGCCACUACCUAGACAAGCACGAUCCCUGUCGAUGUCGUACCUCUCAUCGCUCGAUGAUCUCCGCUAAGCUCAUACAAAAGGCCGGAGGAUCAUUUGAUCUUUGCAGCGCGCAGGUGCAUUACGAAAGAUCACCUCCGAGAACUCGCAGGAGUUCAGUGUCGAGUGUUGGGUCAUGCCCUGGUACAGUAAACCAACAGCAAUCCCUCCAGACACCAAGAAGCAUAUCGACAAAUCGAUCACGAUCACCCACCCCCCACAACGCGGGACGUAACCACCACCUCGGCGAUGAUCUCAAAAGAUCGGGCAAUCGUUCCCGGAGUCCAACACCCCAGACCAAGUUAACGAGUCCGGUUCGCCAAGGGAGUGACCUUGAGAGUAAAUCAAGAUCGCGAUCACCAACACCCAAGUCGAAUGCACCAACCGGAAGCCCUACAUUCAAACCGGAAGUCAAUAAAUCUGGUCGCACGAGUCCUAUCGACGCCACGAGAAAAGCUCUCAACGAGGAAAUACGACAAGUCAAGUACGAUGGAAGAUCCCAGAUGUAUCACAGCCGACAUCAGGAUAAUUAUCAGGAUCCGAAGAAAGAUCUCCACCAGGAGAUUCGUUCAAAAGUGCCUCUGUCCGAGGACUUUUCAAAACGAUAUGUCGUGGAAGGUGGUGUAGCAAAACGAACAGACAGAGACGACACACCGAAGUACGAGCCCUCGAUCUACAACUACAAGUGCGGAAGAGUGGAUUCUACAAGUCGUAGCCCAACACCAAGUCCACCAGCGAUUAAAGAGGAGGUUGAGACAUUUGGUAAAUCGGGCCACGACGGUGAACAUUCUGACAACGGUAGUGAAGUGUCUGACGAGGGAUACAGAAGUUUGGGUACUGUACAACCACCACUGAUCAACGGUACACCAGCAACGAUUAACCAUACAUCGCCCACGGUUGUCGCCUGUCAAAAACAACCGUCACCCCCGCGACCGGAAGUGGAGCGCUCGUGCGUCGAGACCGACAGCAUCGAGACAGGUCUGCGCAAGACAAAAACCGGAAGUCCCCGUGCAUCGCCAUCCCGGAGUAUUCCAGGUGAUCGUACCACUCGUGCACAAUCAAUGGUACGAGAGAACAGCAAUCUCUCUCGUUGUUCAUCAGGAAGCAGAACACCGAGAGAGGGUAACUCAAGCCCUGAGGGAAGUCCUCUCAAACGAAAUGGAUUACGAACUAGCAUGCGUAAACCACCAGCUGGUACACUGACAAAAACUCACCAUCAGAGUCAUUCACAAAGUGGCAGUAGCACCUGGAACGGUCGUCAAUCGAAACAGCGUCCAGGCUUGUCAUCAGAUACCUUUGUUAAUCCAACAGCAGCCAUUAAUGGCAAUGUUAAUCGUGCCUCACCGUCAUUGAAUUUCUCCAGGAAGAAUACAAACAGACAGAGUCUACCAAAGACAUCCAUGAAUGGUGUACAGUACGACAGAAAUGGUAGGAGAAUAAAGCCGACAACUAGUGUUUCGCUGCAGUCAUCGCCAACCAAAGUUGCCAAUCCCUUGUUAGAGCAGAUACUGCAGAAAGUUGGACAUCUGCAGGACGACAAGCAGGUGGUGCAGAAGCUCCAGGAUUUGUUGAGAAAUUAUCAGGAUAGCAGCGAUGGUGAGCCAAAUCUUGAAUUUACGAGGGCGUGGAUUGAUGGUAAUGGUACUGUUGCAUUGCCCCAAGAGGGACACGUAUCAACGAGUCCAAGAAAGGAUCCCAAAGCAACCAAUGAGAGGGGUUUUUCAAGAAUACCAGCGCCUGUGUACAAACGGGCAAUGUCUGUCAAUUCCGACAGCAUUUGAAAUUCCAUACACCGUGAGGAUUAUUCCAGGGUGGAACUCAGUGAUUCAGGGCCACCAAGGGGUUCUAGAAUUCCCGUUAAGACGGAUAAGAGGCCUAUUUCCAUAGCGAAUUGUCGGGCCUGACGGAUCAAACAGUGAAGAGUUGAAAGAACAUCAUAAUUUCACGUUGAUGCAUCAAUCAAUUUUUGACCUGUUAAUUCGCAGAACGAGUUGAAAUCAAAUAAAAAGGGAACGCAACGAAAUGGAACGAGAACCGCAAAUUCGGGGAAGUCCCUUUUUUGUUACUUACUGCGGCCAGUUUCAGAAGUUACUCAUAGCUGACGUUACGAUAAAGCCAUUCAAGGAAGUAGCCUUGUGCUUUUAUUAUAUUACUUUUUCAUUUCGAUUUAUCGUAGUUUAUUUUCCAAAUGGUGCAGCGUGAAAAUACCUCGGUGAUACCCAAGCUGAUGAAGCUGGGAUGGUGCUUAAUGGAGAGAAUAGUAGUUGAUUGAUUGAUUAUCGAUCUAUUGCUUUUCAUCGCGAAGAGUAAGAGCUUUUCUUUUUCGUCUAGGCUAAAAUUUAAUUAGCGAUGAAAAUUGCGCGUAGGAUUAAGCGUUAAGUGUCCUGCGUUGUUGAAUUUUCUUCGGACAAUUACUGGGAGAUGAGAUUCGGAAAAAUUAUUCAUUUGAAUAAAGCCGAAAUGGAAAAAUAUCGGUGAAAUGCGAGUAACCGAGUGAUUCGUAUAUUUUUUUAACGAUGUAAGAUCGAAAAUAUGUUUUAUCGUGUAGGAUUAGGUCGAAUAAUCUCGAUUCAAAUGAAUGAUCUUUCUGGAGUUUUAGAUUGGAGAUUUCAAGUGAAAUACCAAUACAUCACGAUUAUCACAUGACAUCGGUUAAUUACGCAUAUUGAUGAGAUUACAUUAAACAAUCUGAAGUUGAUAAACGAAUUUUUCGAUAAAUUUCGAUGCGCUGAAAUAGGCUAUUCUUGUUUUCAUCGAUCUACGAUCGUUUUCUUUACAAAUUUAUUUAUUUAUAUAGUCUAUCGGUUGUAUUUAUCAAAGACGAUUUAAUUACGCGUUGAUGCAGGGAGAUGAGUAAAUACUAUUGGUAACGUAUACCGAGAUGAGAGGCUAGAAUACGAGAAGGAGGCAAUGAUUUAAAAAAUAAAAUGCCAACUUAUAUCAGAGAAUAAAUCCUUCAGACUGCACUGAAUAUCCUAACGUCUGACAAUUGUCAUUCCAGUGUUUAAACAUUUUUUAUACCAAAAUCAUGUAGAAGCCUUUUUGUAUGUAAAAACGAAGAGUUUAAAAUAAAAUAGUGUCUUACGUGCACUGACAGUUCUAUUCACUCGAGCUUAGACUAACGAAUAGAGCAGAUAACGUAUACAAGUGAGAAAUAAAUAAAAAAAAAUUAUAGUGAAAGUCGUACAAAAGUGAUUUUUUGACGAGAGACUAAAUUCAAAAAUGCCCAAAACUAUUUUUAGUAGCGCGUGUAUAGUUGAUAAUAAUCAAUUUUCUAGAUUAAUACCAGCAGAUGUGAAUUCUAAACGAUAAAAUAGUAGAGCCGUUGAAUAUUCCCAGUGAUGAAAAUAUUAAAUCAAAUUCAAUAGUAGAUCACCUUAUAAUGUUGUUUCGUUAAUGAAUUUGUGUAAUUAUCUAUUGAAAUAACCCACACGAAAUCAAAAUGUAUCGAUGACUUUGAGAGUACAUGACAUUAUAAGUCACUGGCUGGCAAAUAGCCGCCCACGUACGCCAUUGUAAUGGCUAAUCUAAGUAACCCCUUCUACAUUAUUUUCCGAACAAAAGAUCCAUGAAUAAUUAAAAAACAACACUUCAAUGUUCCAGAUAAAGGUGUCAUCACUACCCGUUCUUUCUCGUUAUUUUAUAAUACCCAACUACCAGAAAUCAUCGAUGAUCGAUGACCUAUCAUUAAGUCAUAACAAUAAGUUUAGUACUUGUCAAUGUUACGAAUGAAUGAAUUACAAUAAUCCAUAAUAGCUAUUAUUUUUUCAACAAUUACCGUUGUAUCUUUAUUAUUUUCACCGUAACAGAGAGGAUUUGACGAGUUUUACACUGAAAUAAAUCCGUGAAAGUGAGCAAUGAAAAAGAAA